UCCCAGACUCCCCCUCCUUCUCUCUCUGCUUUCUCUCUCUAGAUGGAGCUGGAGCUGAGCCUGGGCGAUGCUUCUUCGAAGCCCUUUGCUUUCAUGGAGAAGGCUCACCGUCAGGUUGCCAACAAGGGUUUAGGGUUUAGCAUGGGUUUAGGGCUGGGUUCUGCUGGAAGAGACCAGGAAGAACAGAAAAUCCAUGAAGUGGCUGAUGAUGACGACGACGACGAUGGAGAAGACGACGAUGAUGGAAGGGACCAAAGGCCCUCCAUGGGCCUGCCUCUUCAGCUCGAUCUUCUUCCUCUCGCUCCAGUUCCAAGGAAUCAAGCUUCGCACCAGGGCCUGACAUGGCCGUCUGACAACGGGAGCUCCGAGGCGGGCUCGUCCGGAAACGUGGGGCUGCCGGCGAGGGGGCUUGACGUGAACAGGUUGCCGUCUACGGCGGUGACGGCGGCGGCGGGGGAGGAGGUGGAGGACGGGGCGGCGGCGGAGGUGGAAUCGUCUCCGAACAGUGCAGCGUCGUCUUUUCAGAUGGAUUUCUGCAUUUACAGAGGCGGAAAUGGCGGAACCAAGAGGGACUUCGAAGGUGGUGAGGCGGAGAGAGCUUCUUCCAGAGCCAGCGACGAAGACGAUAACGGCCUCACCAGAAAAAAGCUCCGUCUCUCCAAAGAACAGUCCGCUUUCCUCGAAGAGAGCUUCAAAGAACACAACACCCUCAAUCCUAAACAGAAGCUGGCGCUUGCAAAGCAGUUGAACCUGCGCCCACGGCAAGUGGAAGUUUGGUUUCAGAAUAGAAGAGCAAGGACGAAGUUGAAGCAGACGGAAGUGGACUGCGAGUAUCUGAAGAGGUGCUGCGAAACACUGACAGAAGAAAACAGAAGACUCCACAAGGAGCUUCAAGAGCUGAGGGCUCUCAAGACUUCCAACCCAUUCUACAUGCAGCUCCCCGCCACCACCCUCACCAUGUGCCCCUCCUGUGAGCGGGUCGCCGCCACCUCCACCGCCCCCUCGGCCGCCGCGUCCACCGCCACCACCGCCACAGACCCCUCCACCACCACCACCGCCAACAGACCCAGAUUCUACCCUUUCUCACAUCAGCCUCCUGGAGCUUCAUGAAUGGUAGUGGGUUGAUCAUCAUCAUCUGUACAUACUUCUCAAAGUCUCUGUUUUCUAGGGGUUGCUGAAGAUGGGGUUGUUUGAUAUUGGAGUUUCUGAAAUUGGUUUGUUCAUUUUGGAUCAUGUGGGGAUACAGAGGUGCCAGACACAAAA